GCUUUCUCCUCACACCCAAACCCUCCACAGCCGAAAACCCCCACUUCUCUCUCUCUCUCUCUCUCUCUCUAGAAAACAAUGGCCGCCAUGGCUCCUCUGCUCUGCAUUGUUUCUCUCAUGGCACUGGCGAGUACCAUUGUAGUCGACGCCAGAAUUCCUGGUGUUUACACUGGCGCCGCGUGGCAGGAUGCCCAUGCUACUUUCUAUGGCGGCAGUGAUGCCUCUGGAACUAUGGGAGGAGCUUGUGGGUACGGAAAUCUGUACAGCCAGGGCUACGGAGUGAACACGGCUGCGCUGAGCACGGCUCUCUUUAACAACGGCUUGAGCUGUGGAGCUUGCUUCGAACUCAAGUGCGCAAAUCAGCCACAGUGGUGCAAAUCUGGCAGUCCCUCCAUUUUUGUCACGGCCACAAACUUUUGCCCGCCAAACUUCGCCCAGCCCAGCGACAAUGGCGGCUGGUGCAACCCGCCUCGCACCCACUUCGAUCUCGCCAUGCCCAUGUUCCUCAAGAUCGCUGAGUACCGCGCCGGCAUUGUCCCCGUUUCUUACCGCCGAGUGCCAUGCCGGAAGCAAGGUGGAAUCAGGUUCACAAUCAACGGUCACAAGUACUUCAACUUGGUUCUGAUCCACAACGUCGCGGGCGCAGGGGAUAUAGUGAAGGCGUACGUUAAAGGGACGAACACUCCGUGGAUGAGCCUGAGCCGCAACUGGGGUCAGAACUGGCAGUCAAACUCAGUCCUGGUUGGACAGUCACUCUCCUUCAGGGUGACAGGCAGUGACCGACGCACCUCCACCUCCUGGAACAUCGUCCCUUCCAACUGGCAGUUCGGCCAAACCUUCACCGGCAAGAACUUCAGGGUCUAAUUAUUCAAAUUUCCCGCUUUUUAAUACAUCUGGUUUCAAAAGAGAGUGAGAAAGUAAAAGUAUGCUUUGAGGGUGGGGUUAAAGUUAAAACUUUUUUUUUUACUGCUGGUCGGUGGAGGAGUGAAAAAAGCUCAAAGCCAGAAAGUGAAAGUUGUAAGCAGCUGAGGUGGCGGUAAAGGUCGUGUAGCCCGCUGCUUUGGUUAUCUGAUCAUGAUUAUAAUUAAUAUACUUUAAUUUUAUAGACCA